CAUCGACAUCGAAGAUAGCUUUCCUCCUUUAAACCUCUUUCAAUUCAUACAUAACUGUUUGGAAGAGCAAGAGUUUUUAAGUUUCACAAUGUCAGUUCAGAAGGUUCUUGGCGGGUGGUGGUCAUCGUCGGCCAAUCCCACCCUGAAAGGCCACCAGCUAGUCAUCGUCGCCCCCACGCCGCCAGCGUCCGAGUGGGUGGAAAAGGUCAAGAAACAGCAUUCGGGUCUCGACGUGGUGUACUACAACAAAAACCCAUGGGGACUGGACCGCUCGGUGCCCGAUGAUAUUGACUGGUCAAACGUUACGGUAUUGUUGACGGGUCCAUUGGUCCCGACUGUUGAGCAGGCGCCCAAGUUGGAGCUCGUGCAGCUCCAGAGCGCCGGCGCGAAUUAUUUGCUCGACAACCCGCUGUUCAAGGAUUCUGAUGUCGCCUUCUCAACGGCUAACGGAGUCCAUGGCCCGCAGAUCGCUGAGUGGGUCAUUACCACUUAUUUAUCGCAUCAGCAUCAUCUCCCGAAAUACUACGAUCAUCAGAAGGCGGGCAAGUGGCAACGACUUCUAGAUCCAGUCCAGGAUGCGGUAAAAGCCCGAGUUGGAAUUCUUGGCUACGGUAGCAUCGGCCGACAGGUCGCAAGGGUUGCCAAGGCGCUGGGUAUGGAUGUUAUAGCAUACACCAACGGCCGGCGCCCAACGCCCGAGUCGCGAAAAGACACUGGCUACAUCGUCCCUGGAACUGGCGACGCAGAAGGAAUCUUCCCCUCUAAAUGGCUCUCAGGGGCUGACAACCAGUUUGAAGAGUUCUUGAGCUCUGAUUUGGAUUUACUCGUCGUGGCAGUUCCUCUGACUACCAGCACGAAAGGGUUGAUUUCGGCACCUGAGUUCAAGCUUCUUGCCAAGAACAAGACUUUCCUUUCAAACAUCGCUCGGGGACCUAUCGUCGACUCGAAGGCCUUGACUGCUGCUUUGGAUGAGGGUCUAAUCCGAGGAGCGGCGCUGGAUGUCACCGACCCGGAGCCUCUGCCAGAUGGCGACCCGCUCUGGUUCAAACCGAACGUCAUCAUCACUCCCCACAUCAGUGGUAACUCUAAUGAGUACAACAAACGAGUGUAUGAUAUCCUCGAAUUGAACCUUCAACGGCUUGGGGAUGGAAAGAAGGAGUUUGUCAACAAGGUCAAUAAGAAGGAGGGUUACUAGUGGGCGAGCGUACAGUUUACACCUGAAAUCUCAUGAUAUCGCACUUCGAAUCGGGUUUUAGUCACGAAAUACCAUAUCAAGCGCAUGGAGCAUACGUAUGAAUAAUAUGUCGAUUUGCACUCAAGGAAAACUGUAUUCUGUCUUCGUUUUUGCACCAAAUGGUACUCUGAUCUCAUUUGCAA